ACCAAGCUCUGCUUCCCAAAGCAAAAUUUGUAAUAUGCCAUUUUUCUCAUGGACGCUUUUCCUUUUGGCUGCUGACGAAGUGGCCGAAGAAAAUGCCGAGGUGCCAUGCAGAUACUCCUGCCGGGAGAAGGGCGCUGGGGCUUCGGUUUUCUCUGAGCAACGCCUGUGUCAUCAUUGCUAGGAAGAUGCUCUAGGACUGCCCAGCUGUGUGAGCCCCCAUCAAAGCCGGGAGAGACUGCGGUUGUCAUUGAUCAACGGAAUAAGCAGAAGCCGAAGUAAAAGCCACUAGAAAUGAUGUGUGAAGUGAUGCCAACGAUAAAUGAGGACACCCCAAUGAGUCAACGGGGGUCCCAGAGUAGUGGGUCGGACUCGGAUUCUCACUUUGAACAACUGAUGGUGAACAUGCUAGAUGAAAGAGAUCGUCUCCUUGAUACCCUUCGGGAGACUCAGGAAAGCCUGUCGCUUGCACAGCAACGCCUUCAGGAUGUCAUCUACGACAGAGACUCCCUCCAGCGACAGCUCAAUUCAGCACUGCCACAGAUGACGGUUGCUGCUGGUACGAGCAUUGAGAAUAACAUUCAAAGGACCAUAUCCUGCCCUAAUGAAUUCGCCGCACUGACAAAAGAGUUAAAUGUGUGUAGGGAGCAAUUGCUUGAAAAAGAAGAAGAGAUUUCAGAACUCAAGGCUGAAAGAAACAACACAAGACUGUUACUGGAGCAUUUGGAGUGCCUUGUUUCAAGACAUGAAAGGUCUCUGAGGAUGACAGUAGUGAAACGGCAAGCACAGUCCCCCUCAGGAGUUUCCAGUGAAGUUGAAGUUCUCAAAGCACUGAAAUCUUUGUUUGAGCACCAUAAGGCUUUGGAUGAAAAGGUAAGGGAACGACUGAGGGUUUCUUUAGAAAGAGUCUCUGCACUGGAAGAAGAACUAGCUGCUGCUAACCAGGAGAUUGUAGCUUUACGUGAACAAAAUGCACACAUUCAAAGGAAAAUGGCAUCCGGAGAAGGGCCUGCUGAAUCCGAGCAUAUUGAAGGAAUGGAGCCAGGGCAAAAGGUUCAUGAAAAGCGCCUAUCAAAUGGCUCUAUAGACUCAAAUGAUGAAGCCAGUCAAGUGUUGGAACUACAGGAACUGCUCGAAAAGCAAAAUUAUGAAAUGGCACAAAUGAAGGAACGUUUGGCUGCACUGUCUUCCCGAGUGGGGGAAGUAGAGCAGGAAGCAGAGACCGCCAGGAAGGAUCUAAUUAAAACAGAAGAAAUGAGCAGUAAAUAUCAAAGGGACAUUAGAGAGGCUAUGGCACAGAAAGAAGAUAUGGAAGAAAGAAUCACUACCCUUGAGAAGCGCUACCUCAGUGCACAGAGGGAAUCCACCUCCAUACAUGACAUGAAUGAUAAACUGGAAAAUGAACUGGCAAAUAAGGAGGCCAUCCUGCGUCAGAUGGAAGAAAAAAACAGACAGCUGCAAGAACGUCUUGAGCUCGCUGAACAGAAGCUGCAACAGACAAUGCGGAAGGCUGAGACCUUGCCUGAAGUGGAGGCUGAACUAGCUCAGAGAAUUGCAGCACUGACUAAGUCUGAUCCAACCUCUUCUACCUCAUCUGAUGAUUAUCAAUAUGUUAUGGAAGCUAAGCUACAAGAAAUGAUCUCCAUACGUAGGAAGGCAGAAGAAAGACAUGGUAACAUUGAAGAACGUAUGAGACACUUGGAAGCUCAACUUGAAGAAAAGAAUCAGGAACUUCAAAGAGCAAGACAAAGAGAGAAAAUGAAUGAGGAGCACAACAAAAGAUUGUCAGAUACUGUAGACAGACUUUUGACAGAAUCCAAUGAGCGCCUGCAGCUACACUUAAAAGAGAGAAUGGCAGCACUUGAGGAAAAGAAUGUUUUAAUUCAGGAAUCUGAAAGUUUCAGGAAGAACUUGGAAGAAUCUUUACAUGACAAGGAAAGAUUGUCAGAAGAAAUUGACAAACUGAGAUCUGAACUUGACCAGUUGAAAAUAAGGGCUGGCUCUUUAAUUGAACCUACAUUGUCAAGAUCUCACCUUGACACAUCAGCAGAACUGAGGUAUUCUGUGGGUUCCUUGGUUGAUAGUCAAUCUGACUACAGGUCAACUAAAGUGAUAAGGCGACCCAGAAGAGGUCGUAUGGGGGUCCGGAGAGAUGAACCAAAGGUGAAAUCUCUUGGGGAUCAUGAGUGGAACAGAACUCAGCAGAUUGGAGUUUUGAGCAGCCACCCAUUUGAAAGUGACACCGAAAUGUCUGAUAUUGAUGACGAUGAUAGAGAAACUAUUUUUAGCUCCAUGGAUCUUCUGUCACCAAGUGGGCAUUCAGAUGCCCAGACUCUGGCCAUGAUGCUUCAGGAGCAACUAGAUGCAAUCAACAAAGAAAUAAGGUUAAUUCAAGAAGAAAAAGAAUCAACAGAACUGCGUGCUGAAGAAAUAGAGAACAGAGUAGCUAGUGUCAGUCUAGAAGGCUUGAAUCUGGCUAGAGUUCACCCAGGUACAUCUAUCACUGGAUCAGUGACAGCUUCAUCGCUUGCAAGCUCUUCUCCUCCUAGUGGGCACUCGACCCCUAAACUCACCCCUCGCAGUCCAGCCAGAGAAAUGGAUCGCAUGGGGGUCAUGACACUGCCAAGUGAUCUAAGGAAACAUCGACGAAAGAUUGCAGUGGUAGAAGAAGAUGGACGUGAAGAUAAAGCCACAAUAAAAUGUGAAACCUCUCCUCCUCCAACACCCAGAGCCAUCAGGAUGACUCAUACCCUUCCUUCUUCAUACCACAAUGAUGCCAGAAGUAGUUUGCCUGCUUCAUUGGAGCCAGAAAGUAUUGGUCUUGGCAGUGCCAGUAGCAGCCAGGACUCCCUACACAAAGCUCCCAAGAAGAAAGGAAUCAAGUCUUCAAUAGGACGUUUGUUCGGUAAAAAAGAGAAGGCUCGACUUGGACAGCUCAGAGGUUUUAUGGAAACAGAGGCUGCAGCACAGGACUCUCUGGGAUUAGGCAAACUUGGAACUCAAGCAGAAAAAGACCGAAGACUAAAGAAAAACAUAUCUGGGCAUGAACUUCUGGAAGAAGCUCGGAGAAAGGGAUUGCCUUUUGCACAGUGGGACGGGCCUACAGUGGUUGCGUGGCUGGAGCUGUGGUUGGGAAUGCCUGCAUGGUAUGUUGCUGCUUGCCGUGCAAAUGUGAAGAGUGGAGCCAUAAUGUCUGCUUUGUCUGAUACUGAGAUUCAGAGAGAAAUUGGAAUCAGCAACCCUCUCCAUCGCUUAAAGCUCCGACUAGCAAUCCAGGAGAUGGUAUCACUUACGAGUCCAUCAGCUCCUCCCACUUCUAGAACACCCUCAGGCAAUGUUUGGGUGACCCAUGAAGAAAUGGAAAAUCUUGCAGCUCCAGCCAAAACGAAAGAGUCUGAGGAAGGCAGCUGGGCCCAGACCCUUGCUUAUGGUGAUAUGAACCAUGAAUGGAUUGGUAAUGAAUGGCUCCCCAGUCUGGGUUUACCUCAGUACCGAAGUUACUUUAUGGAAUGCCUGGUAGACGCAAGGAUGUUAGAUCAUCUGACGAAGAAAGAUCUCCGCGUGCAUUUAAAAAUGGUGGAUAGCUUUCAUCGAACGAGUUUGCAAUAUGGGAUCAUGUGCUUAAAGAGGCUGAAUUAUGACAGAAAAGAACUGGAAAGAAGAAGAGAAGUGAGUCAGCAUGAAAUAAAAGAUGUAUUGGUCUGGAGCAAUGAUCGAGUCAUACGCUGGAUACAGGCUAUUGGACUACGAGAAUAUGCAAAUAAUGUCUUAGAAAGUGGUGUACACGGAUCACUUAUAGCCCUGGAUGAAAACUUUGACUACAGCAGUUUAGCUUUAUUAUUACAGAUUCCAACACAAAACACCCAGGCACGGCAAAUCCUUGAGAGAGAAUACAACAAUCUUUUAGCACUAGGAACUGAGAGACGACUUGAUGAAAGCGAUGACAAGAACUUCAGACGUGGCCCUUCCUGGCGAAGACAAUUUCCUCCACGUGAGGUCCAUGGAAUCAGCAUGAUGCCUGGCUCCUCAGAAACACUUCCAGCUGGAUUCAGAUUAACUACAACAUCAGGGCAGUCACGAAAAAUGACAACUGAUGUUGCUUCAUCACGAUUGCAGAGGUUAGACAGCUCUACAGUUCGCACAUACUCAUGUUGACAAGGCUAGCAAAGAAGCCAGCACUGAAUUGCUAUAUCAUCUCUUUCUUCUACUUUACCUGAAGUGCACUACCACUAUUUUAGGGAAAAGGAGCAGGAAAGGUCUCUUCAAGAACAGGGUAAUAGAGAAGAGAACACAAAGUUUUAUCAAGCUAAAAAGUGUGAUGUUCUUUUCAUGUAUUAAGUUAUUGGUUAGUUUAAUACAAGAGUAAUAAAAUACCUAAAUCAUUUUAAAAACAAAAAUACCAAGCAUCUCUGUCAUCAUAAAUUUGGCAGUAGUGCACAACCAAUGGUUUUAUCCACUGGAGCCACUCAUUUUUUACAUUGUUCAUCUGUUUUAUUGUAAUAUACUAGCCAUCUACAUAUUUACUGUGUAUUUCUUUUAAAAUGUGUAUGUAAAGGGAUAUAAAUAUGAUUUUUUAAAAAUAAAAUCUAUGGUACAUGGGGUCUCAGUGCAAACACUUGACAAUACAGUGUCAACAAUACUGUUUGUAUCUUUCCAUUCCACCAUUUUUAUAGUUUUUUGAUUGUAACAGUCAAAUUAAUAUGUUUAGCAGAGUUAGAAGCUUCAACCUGUUCCUACUUAAAAAUCUGUCAAUAUUUAAAGCUGAACACCUGCCUCUGAUGAAGUAUAAAAGGAUGAUUUAAACUGGAACUGGAGCCAAAAUGGACCUAUAAAGUCAAGCAGAAACAUCAGAUACCUGUAAUACCUGUAGAAAAGCACUGUGAUGGCUCUCCUUUUAAAAACAAAAACAACAAAACUGUUUACAAGAGUCAAAAGCAAUUACCGAAAAAAUAUGUAUUAAAAAAAACCAUUCUCCUGUGUUACCUGUGGACCAAGAAGAACCUUGCUUUACCAAGAGCCACCUUUUUGUUCCAGCCAGCGUGGGAUGUAAAAAUCUGAACAUUGCAAAGAAGCUGAUGUUCAAGUUUUCUAUUAAAAAGAAAAUUAAAAAAUGCCAAACCCCACCAUUUCUUCAUUGUAACAGGGCAUUAGACAAAUUCCUGUCUAACGUUAUGCUUUUAGCCAAGAUGGCCUUGCUGAGACUUCUUGGAAGUCAGUUUUAUCAGAGGAAAUAACUGAAAGACAGAAUGAUAAUAUAUAGUGUAUAAAAGUUUAGAAGAGCAAUUAUUACCUACUGUGGCUUUAUUUGGUGGUGUUAGUGUUGUUUAUUCUUUGUUUAUAUGGGAAGUUUCAAAGUAAAACCUAUUUAAUAAUGUCAUUGAUCUAUUUGCUAAUUUUCUGCUGCUUGAUACUAUCUCAAGAUCUGUCUUUUAGUUAUUUCUUUUAGCGUUUUGAUCUGCAAUGUUUGCACGUACCUAAACAUUUGUUUUAUUGUCUAUUUUCAUUUGACAGAUUUCAGUCAAUCAAAUGGUGACAGAUUUUUCUCCCCCAUUGUCAAUAAAAAUAUUCAGUGCUAUUUGUGUUUAAUAUCUAUAAGGCUGGGUAUAUGGUAGCAUGGAAAAGCAGUAUGGAUGACUGGCACAUCUCAAAGCAUAAGAAAUUUUUCCCAGGCAGAGACUGUUAUCAAUAUGAACUUAAUGUUGAGUCUGCCACUAGAGGGAGCGCUAAACUUGCUUAUUUGUAGGAUAUGGUGAAUUUGAUCAGACUGUCAAGACAAUAAAGCUAUAGUAUAAAGACAUUACUUCAAAUUCCUCAGAUUUAACUAGCUUUCAUGUUAAUGUUUUCCCCCCUUUGUUUUAGUGAAAAAACGUAAAUAAGUAAAAACAGUGCAAACUCCAACAUUUUCAGUAGUUCUUGUCUCUUUUGAGCAAACCCCUAAUAAUGUUCCAGUCCAGUAUUUAUUGUUUUGUUUGCAGUUUUCACAUGGUCUCAGCCCAAACCAGGAGCAACACAGAGGAGAAAUCCCUGUGAACUGAACAAGAAGUUACAUGCCUGUAGAAGACUAACCCCUAAAUCUCUUAUUUCUACCCUGGAACCUCAGAGGAGGAAAAACCCAUAAAGCUGGAUGUGAACAGUUCUGACCCAGAGCCUCUGUCUAAUUAGUUCCCCCUGCUGCUGAGUUAGAUUGCCAUUUUCAA